UUUUCUUCUGUGGUGAUUUUUUUUUCAUCGAACUGUGCAAAUUCUUUCCAAUGUGAGUGGGUGUUCGCAAGUUUUGAGAUUUCUGGUCAGACCAUCUGUGAGUAACUGCAGCAGUGAUUAAUUCAUCAAGCUGUGCUGUGACAAAUUCUUUUAAAUGCAUCCCAAGACAUGACCAUCUUUCCCAUCAAUUGGUAAUGCAGUAGAAUUACCUUAGUGUGUGAGCUUACCCAGGGAAGCGAUGUCCCCUGCAGAUAGAAGCACAUACACUACUGCUCAUGCAGAGGAAACAGAGUAUCCAUGGUUACAGAAGCCAGAUCAACACAUAUCUGUAGAAACGAGCUUUUAUGCGGCAUAAUUUGUGAGUUGGAUUACUUUGUCCUUCAGAGUUUGCCGAAAGUCUCAAAGUCUCCGAUACCAUCUUGGUGUGCCAGCGAUGAGGUGGUAGUCCCCAGCUUCUUCCAGAUUUUCCCGAUGCCACAGUCCAUGUGAGAAACAGGAAACAUGAAUUAUUCUUGCAAAUGCAACCUUGUGGCUAAUCUCUUGUGAUGAUUUAUGUAAGAUGUUUCCUCCAGUGUCAUUGUCCACACUUUCUGUUUGGGCCUUAUUCUUUACUUCAAGCUGUGAAGGCAGGAUCCCAUGUACAGAAGCAUCCAGCAAUGUAUUUGUCUGCACCACCAUACCAAACGCUUCAUUCUAUCCCCCCGAUUUAAAACUCCUCAUUUUCACAGUGCUGAGUGGGUUUCAGUCAAUCAACAAUACAAUGCUCAACAGUUCAAACCUGAACUCUGUGACCAACCUGACAAUAUCCAACAGUGAUAUUGCCAGCAUUGAACAAGGAGCUUUUAAUUCUUUCCUCCACCUCACUGUCCUGAAUCUAAAUGAUAACAAACUCUCAGUGAUCGAUGCUGCUUGGUUUUUCAAUGCUGCCAGCUUGAUUAGCCUUUCCCUGGCCAGAAACAGAAUUCAGGCGAUUGGAUUAGAUACCCUGUCCCAUUUCUCCAAUCUGAUUGAACUUGACCUCUCUCAGAAUCAGAUCAGCACAAUAGCUGACUGGAGUCUCCGUGGAAAUGGGAACAUCUCUGUUCUGAACCUCUCCAACAAUAAGCUGGUUUUCCUGACAGAACAGGCUUUGGCAGGGCCGAAGUUCCAGAAGAUCCGUCUUCACACCAAUCCUUGGAGUUGUUUGUGUGAACAUGCAGAUUGGAUGUCCUUUCUGAGAGAUCUCAUGAAUAGCUCUGUGUUGGUGAAUGGAUAUUCUGUUACUUGUAAUGAUCCCCCCCACUUGAAGGGAAUCCCUGUCUGGAAUGCAUCUGAUUUUGCCUGCUCAGUGACCAUGAGCACAGCCUGGCCUAACCAACACACACAACCUCAGCUACUCCUCCCAGUGCUACUGGGGCUCCUGGGGCUGCUCAUCUUGCUGCUGCUGUUGGUGUUUCUGUUGAAAAGGAAGCAAGGGAAGGAGCAGGUAAAACCAGACGGGCAAGGAACCAAGCAACAGGAAAAGCAUCCUCAACACAAAUCUGCCAAAGAGCAUUUCUCAAAGGAUCACCAGUCCACACCCAAUAUGGGAGCAGAAACCAUUCAUCCUGAGUUGUGUGCUGCCAUGUUUAAGAAGCAACCGGUGACUGUAUCAGGGGUUCAACGGUGUAUGGAGCCUGCUCAGUUAGCAAAAGGUGAUCAGGAAAUUCCAAACACCACAAAUGCAUUGAUCGUCCCAUCACUUUCUGAGGAUUGGGCGAGUUUUCCAAGCGACAGAUUCGCUCAAAGUAAUCGGGAAAUGGAAAAACACAACAGCAUCCCGUCACAAGGGAGCUCUGAUCCAUCACUGGCAGUCUUUAUGGAUCAGUCAGUAAUAGCUCUGCAUUCCAAAUCAAUAAGCAAUUCAACAGCACUGGACAAAGUGUCCUGUCAGAACCUGGGAAGGACCGACGGAGCCAAGCAGGAUAGGAAUGGAAAUGGCAAACCUGUAGGAAUGAUCCUACCACUGUACAAAAUGUCAACUGGCAAUGACACCAUUUGUCAUUAUCUGAAUUCUGAUGAAGACUUGUCUUCAGUGACGAAUGGGAGGCAUAAUGUAUCAACAUGUCCACGAGGAGCAGGCAGAUUAAUCCACGACGAAGCUGAUAGGGUCCAUGAUUCAAGUGCCGGCCUCUCAAACAGUCUGACCGAAAGACAACCCAAUGAGGAAAGUGGGACCACAUCAAAAGAUGGAAGCCAGGGAAAUACUGGACAUUCCAAAGGAAGAGUUAUGGUUGAGAGAGGAGCAGAGCCAAGGGUGAAGACUGAUGCGAUUGGUCUGAAGAGUAAAAAACAUUUUGGAGAAAAUAACCAGUCCUCAAUGAUAGGGGAAGACAUGUCAACAACGAAAGGGAUGAGAAGAGGACAGCUCGGCUGUGAGACAGAGAUUUUUCCAGGCACACGAUGUGAUGCUAUGAUACCAACCACACCAAACAGUGAGCAAACAGUGGGAACAAACUCCCCGACCAAAGAGAAACCCCUCCGGAGCAGUGAAUACGGGUAUGUCAAUCUUUUGCAUGAAAUUGUGGAGAAUCAAGGACGACGCACCAGAGAACGAUGGAAGCAAACCACCAGAUACAAAAUAAUGCACAAGUAAUACCCUUCCAGAACAUAGUUAAUCAUUUGAAAUAUUAUCAAUGCUCUAAGUCUAGUGGUAGCAACAUGGAGAGUUUUUCCAAUUGUGUCCUUGCAUUGAUAUCCAAUUAUACGAUGAAAGUCUUGAAUACCAGGUGGCAUCACGCACUUGGUGUGGGAUGGGACACAAACAGCAGAAGCUUACGGAGAGUCCACUGAGAGGCCAACAUCGAGGACAUUAAUGUAGCUCUUGCAGAGAUGUUUCCUUACUCUUAUGCAGUCUCACAAAAAAAACUUCAAAUUUGGAAAAAAAAAAGUUUUGAAACGGCCAGUGUCGGCCAGCAUUACUCCAGUGAAACUCACAGUAACAUUGAGAAUCUAGGCAUCCCCAAACUAACACGGAAAUCCAGAGUCACUGUCGUUGACUCAACACUUCUUUCCAGGCAGCGGUGUUGAGACAUGGUCAAAUGAGAAUCUGUGAAUUAAUGAAAGCUUCUGCACUUGAUAUCAUCUUGUCAGGGAAAGAGAAAACAACUUGAAAAUAUUACACUUUGUUUAAUGUCUAACUGUCUUUGUAAUGGCAAACUGAGCUCAUAAUUAGUUCUCAACACCCUCACUAGCCCUGAAAAGCUAAUUUCAACAUUUCCCAUUAUCGUAUAAAAAGGAUAUACAUUUUAAUUUGUUAAACUUUGCUUAUAUCUAUAGUUUAGUCUCUAAUGAUGGCAAAACAAUAAUUUAUUUCUGUAUUAGAAAACUUAAAAUAAAAGUGAAGGACAAUGUGUUUUUGAAAUGUUUUGCUGUCUGAGAAUAAUGAACAGAAUCAAAGACAUUUUAUGGAGCAGAAGCAGGCCACUCGGCCCAUUUUGUAUGCACAGGCUCUUCAAACCAGCAUGUUUAUCUAAUGCCAAACCAGCAUGAUUAUCUAACGCCUGCCUUUAUUCUUAUAACCUUGCACACUUCUUCAAUCCAAAUCAUCAUCCAAUAUUCAAAGUGACUGCAGGCAUCAGCAAACCCAAGCCACCUUUUGGAAUAUACGGUGGAUUUCCAUGUAAGACUGAUUGCGGGUCAGUGCUUCAAAGUUGGAACCAUUGUGAUCUUACCAUGCAUGAGCCCACAUCUUCAGAAAUGACAGAAAUAAAAUGGCUGCUCUAAAUUUGCAUGAACUCAUUUUAAAUGCAAAAUCAGUGCCUUUUACUUCCGCCCUGCCCUUACAAUGGAGGCAGCACCUGAGGUAUGAGUAUUGUGCCAAAUAACCUCCAUGUUCACUUCCAUUGUCGACCAGUGGAACCAGGUGGUGGUUGUUAGCUUCUGUUUGUGUGGCAUGAUCAGACCUGUGCUCAGUCAGAAUCCCCACACACACUAAUACUCUUCAACAGAGAGUCACCAUCCUUUAGUCAGAAAAGGGAACCUCCUCGUCAUCUCCCUGUCUCAAGUCUGAGCAUGCUGUGCCUAUUUGAAAUAGUGGAAUAACUUGCCUAACUGAAGGUCACAGAUAUAAUGACAAGGCAAGUGUCUUUCAGCAUUUCAAUGAGUGAUGCGUCAUUGCUUCUAAAUGGAGCUGUCACUCACUUCAGGGCUUUGAACAAUUGAAUAGAGGUGCAAUUAUCUGAAUUGUGCAAAAAUGUAUUGCAAUCACAGAUCAUUGGGGAUGUGCCUGUGAGUGAAGAUGCUUUAUCAUAACAUUAAUAGUGAAAUAUCAUGUUUGUUGAAUAAACAGUGGGAAUAUAGAUUUAAAAUACAGCAUUUACUUCAACUCAACAAAUGUAUUUGUUGAAACAUCAGGUAGAAAUGAAUCUCAAAUUACUUUCUUCUGUCAUUUCCUCUCAAUAACUGUUUGUCGUUCUAGUUCAUAUCACUUUUUAUUUGCAUUAGCUUUAGCUGUAUCCCCUUCUAUCUGAAUAAAUUACGUAAAAUAUGUAUUUUCA